UAUAAUGGAGAAUAAACACGGGAUUGGAUUGACCACGGUGUACCUUGUGGGUGUCCGCUUGUCUGUUCCGGUUAACGUGAUGUAUGCAGUUCAUGGGGAGGACGACUGUGGCCUGCAUCCUCCUGCGGAGGGUGCUGCGAGCAAUGCACUACCCGAAGCGUAUCGUCACUACAACGACGGUCAUUUCCGGGAUUUCGUUGCACUCUUUCGGCAACUUUGCUGCGAUUCGGUACGGUUGAUCUGCGGCACUAUCGACGUGUUCAUCAACGCAAUGCCAGAUCGACUCAUGCGGAAAUUGCUUCUGCGCAUUCCGGCUGCCCUGCUGAUGGUCUAUGACAAAGACCUGGAGUGCGCAAUGUGGGAUAUGCUGGAGCUGGGUUUGCCGCGAGUCGACGACGCGCAGCUGGUAACCUUGUCCGAGUUCUUGGUGUGGGUGGCCGCGGGGAAGAAUGCUUCAUCGGCAGCCGGAUUAGCUUGGGACAGGACAGUGUGCAAGGUACUGUGUGCAGCGCAGUCACCGGAUCCGCGGCCGCAGUCCCACUACCCUGGGAGAAAAUGGUGCGUGGAGGGCUUGCAGGAUCUGCAGUUGGACAAGCUGUCCCGUAUUACGCUGCGUUUUCUUAUCCUACUGGCGAACUCUGCUGGAGAAUGAGAAUGAUGUGCUUAACAGCGGUUGCAACGUUUUGAGCGGUCUUGAGUUUGUUGUUGUAUCUGCAUGAUCAACUGCUUUUGUAGUUGACAAACUUCCAUUCCAAUCGUACUUCUUUUGCGGGU